UUCAUCCCCAAGAAGAAUGGUCCGAGCUUUGACCGUCCUCCGUGUUGGAUUCCAUCACCGUGACGGUCCCCACGUGGACUCCCAGAAGAGAUAUCACACAGGACGCCCGGCCGACCCGUGUAUCUGCCUCGUUAUCGUCGCCUUCCAAUAAGGCACGGACGGCAGAGACCAUUAAAACGUUUGAUAGAUAGGAAGGUUUGGUGUCGAGGGGUUGUUUGCCGCCCGGCUGCUUGGAGAUCAAGAUAAUAGGAGUGGAGAGAAAGAAGAACAAAAGUGCCCGUCUGACAUAAGCUGAAUACAAAUUAGGAUUCAUCUCGCCGCACGAGCCGGGGGGCCGAUCGAUGCUUGAAAACUGCAUUGGACAAAUAAAGUCGGCUUCGGUUACAGCGCCAUUAGCUGGGAGCCCGAAUGAUGGGAUUAUGGUUGAUAUGAAGACGGCAUGGGGACUGAAGGGGAAUAACGCCCCAGCUGUCUCCGAGGCGUGGCUCCUGGGGUGUGCUUCAGUGAAGAGGAUCACCAAAAAAAGAUGGAGAUGGACAACAUCUCCCUGGACUACUUCACCGGCAACUUCACAGACAGUCCCGAUCCCACGGUGACUCCCUACUGGAGCGGCGCCACGCUCCUGGGCCUCCAGAUAUCUCUGUCGGCGCUCCUGAGCGUGGUCACCUUGGCCACGGUGCUGUCCAACGCCUUUGUCAUAGCCACCAUCUUCCUCACCAGGAAGCUGCACACGCCCGCCAAUUUCCUGAUCGGCUCGCGCGUCACCGACCUGCUGGUGUCCAUCUUGGUGAUGCCCAUCAGCAUCCUGUACACCGUGAGCAAGACCUGGUCGCUGGGGCAGAUUGUCUGCGACAUCUGGCUGUCGUCCGACAUCACCUUCUGCACGGCGUCCAUCCUCCACUUGUGCGUCAUCGCCCUGGACCGCUACUGGGCCAUCACGGACGCGCUGGAGUACUCCAAACGGCGCACCAUGCGGCGGGCGGCGGUGAUGGUCGCCGUGGUGUGGGUGAUCUCCAUAUCCAUUUCCAUGCCUCCGCUCUUCUGGCGGCAGGCCAAAGCCCACGAGGAGCUGACGGAGUGUAUGGUGAACACGGAUCAGAUCUCGUACACCCUGUACUCCACUUUUGGAGCCUUCUACGUCCCCACGGUGCUUCUAGUCAUCCUCUACGGGCGGAUUUAUGUCGCAGCCCGCUCCCGCAUUUUUAAGAUGCCGACGUCGUCCGGGAAACGCUUCACCACGGCACAGCUCAUUCAGACCUCGCAGGCUCGUCUCUCUGUUCCCUCAAUUCGACCACCAACCAGGAAGUGCACCUGCAUUCCUCCGGCGCGGGGAGUGCCGAAGGGCGGCGGGGGGUCGCCGCUCUUCAUGAACAGCGUGAAGGUGAAGCUGGCGGACAGUGUGCUGGAGAGGAAGCGCUUGUGCGCGGCACGAGAGAGGAAAGCCACCAAGACUCUGGGUAUCAUCCUGGGAGCGUUCAUCGUCUGCUGGCUGCCGUUCUUCGUGUUCACGCUGGUCAUGGCCAUUUGCUUAGAGUGCUGGUCCCACCCCGUGCUUUUUGACGUCUUCACCUGGCUGGGAUACCUCAACUCGCUGAUCAACCCGGUGAUCUACACCGCCUUCAACGACGAGUUUAAGCAGGCCUUCCAGAAACUUAUCAAGUUCAGACGUUUCUCCUGAAAGAGCCGACUGAUAGAAGAUAGUGAACAUGCUUAUUAGUUUUUACGUGGACCAGCUCAGUGCCAUACCUCCUUGGUCCUCAAAAACAUGCAUGCUGAAAGAUAAGACUUGCACUCACCUAAAAAUACUUUCCAUUAGCUCAUGCAGACAUUUUUCCAGCGUAAGGCGCCAAAGGACGGCGGCAGAGACUUCUUUUUGAUUGACGGUACAAUGAAAUCUCCAAAGUCAAAAUUUUAUUUGCAUUCAGUGGCGCUGCUUGACUUGUUCUAACCCCGCGCUCCCCUACGGGCCAAAACAGGCGUUAUGUGACAUGACUGUUCAGUUUGACGGUUUGUCAGGGAGUUUUGUUGUUGUUGUUGUUGUUUUUUAAUACAAUCGCAUUGUGUUGUUGAUUGCAACAUUGUUAGAAAAAGAUACAAAGUGUACACACCUUCUCUUAAGAACUCUUUCGGCCCAAUUGACUCCCAUUAGAACUUGUGUUUUUUAACAGACUGUAAUUACGGUAUAUUUGCUCUGCAUUUUCCAUGAAAACAGAUUAAUCUGAUUUUUUGCCAACUGAAAAACAAAAAAAAUGCUGUUUUAAUGCAAUUGCAACCCCUUAACCACCAGACGUUGCCAGAAAACCCAAAUGCACAAUUCUCUGAGCUUUGAUUAGCAGAAACG